UUCAGAAAAGACGCCGACCAUUUUUUUUUGUCUAAUUGAAAAUUGAAAUAAUUAUAAACCCGAUCAAAAUUCCAAAAAUUUGCUCGUCAUAGAAGACAACAAUAUUGAAUUUGAGUUUGUUUGGUGUAGAAAAUUCUCGCGAAAAUCCAAUUGUCACACAGACAAGAACAAGCGAAAAAAUUGAACACAUCGAAUUGUUUGGGUUAUAUUUCAUUUCUGCUUGUGGUGCAAUUCCACUAAACAGACGCUAUUGUUCCAGUACGCAUUGCAAGAAAUCGGUCAAACAUGAAAUUAUUUAUCUGGGAUGACUACGAGUGGCGUUUGAUCGAAGAUUCUGACGAAUACGAUAAAAAAAAGUUUUCCAUCGUUCGGACAUUAUUUGUGCAAUGGCCGAAAGAGAAUGGUUCAGAAGCUUGCAAUGACGACAUUCGCAAGUAUUUCGAAUUGUAUGGUAACGUUGAAUUGGUGGAGACAGUAAAUGGGCAAUCGGUUGACGAAAGUGCGUCAAUUACACCAAACAUUCAUGAGGCGUACGUUACGUAUGUACGCAGUUCAGAUGCUUUCAUGGCAUUUUCGAAAAAUCGCGUCAAUUCAAAUGCAAUCAAGGUUCUACCAGCUGACACAUGGCAUCAAGCAGGCUUCGAACUUAAAGACUUUGGAGCGUCCACGUUCGUAUCUGACACAACUCAUCAUUGCAAUGACCCGAAAUGGCCGAAACAUGAAGUCAGAGCCAUAGAUUUGGAUGAAUUAUCGAAUCUAUCCGAUCAUUUUUGCGAGCACACUGAAUUAACAUUGAGAAUUCCGUUCGAGAAAAGAAAUUUAAAAAUUAUCCGAAAAACAGUUCGUCCACUGAAACUUCAACUGCGAAAAUUGACAUUGGAUUUCGAUUUUAUCGAAAAGGAUAUCAAUUGUCUUUCAUUUGAUGAAUACAUAAAACGGGUGGUGGAAAUUCUUUGUUCUUCUGUUGGUGAUAAGUUCUGUUCUUUGUCUAUCAAUGGCCCUGCAUUAACGACUGAGAUGUUGGAUAAUUUUACACCAAUGCUUCGACGCUUGACAGAACUAUCAGCAACCUUCCAAUCAACAAAGGUGUCUAUCUAUGAUUUACGUGACUAUUGUCCAAGUUUGGAAGAUUUACUCAUUUUUGCAAAGUCAUGGGAACGUUCAGUCACAGACAUUCGCCACUGGCCAUCACUAACUGUUUUGGCGAUUCUCGGCGAGAUGAAAUUCCAACAAAAUUCCGAGGAUGGUCGGAGAUUUGGUCGUUUUAUUGAAUUGAAUCCACAAAUUGAGACGUUGGAGAUUACUGUCGUAAUCGACAUCCACAUGUGUAAGCUGAUUACCGAAAAGUUACCAAAAUUGAAAAUAUUUACAUUUGUUCGUGAAACUUACACUGACAUCGAUUUGGUCUUGGAUAUGUUGGGCCAUUUGAAACAAUUGGAAAUGAUCAAGAUGAGCAUUCUAAAUGUGAAAAAGGGUGAACUUUGGGCCAUGGUUAAAUGUGCCGAAAAAUUACGCAAAAUGGAAUUGAAAACAGGUGUGUUGUUUCAAAACUAUGACCCGGACUCGGUAAUUGCGGAACAAUAUGAUCGUCUCAUUACCCAUGCGGUGAAACUUCAUGAUGAUUGUGAAUGUCAUGAAUCGAAGCGGGUCGUCGAGUUUUCUGACACUGUUGGUGAUAUCACAAUACCACAUGAUGGACCGAUGUUCAUCGCAAUUGUCAAUUCCGUGAACUUCAAUGAAACAGGCGACGAAGAAUUAUUCGGAAAGAUAUUUCAUACUGCUCAAGCAACUGAACAAUUUUAUCCAAAUUCAUUCCAACCAAUAAUUGCCGAAUGUGAUGAUACAUUUACAUAUAUUUUCAUCAAUUGCGCAUAAAUCGCAUGACAACGAUCAACCCAAGUUGAAAUCAAGCAACUUUUUUAUACCUUUUUAAUCGUCUUUUUACUACUUUUAA